GUCCGGUUUGGGUCCGGCUCCUCUCUCUUCCUCUCGGACCAGUGAACAGUCUCCUGUUUUGACGUGAGGAGGGAACACGUUAAACCGGCUCUCUUGCUUGCAGUUUCCGUAUCCGAAUACAUAUGAUACUGAUGUGAUGGAACUUCGUAGUCAUAAUUUGAGGACAAUACAGCAGCAUUAACUCUUAACAUGAGAAAGUGUGUCUUAGUGGCCAUGAAAAUCUGUCCCUCACACUGUUUAUUUUGAAAAUGUAUCAGGAAUCCCAUGAAAACCACAAUGAAUAUUGCUACUAGCGUGUCAUCCCAGCUAACUCCGGUUAGCUCGGCCUCCAACCACCCAGCAGACACAAAUUCGCUUAAUUUCCCACUCGACUCUACCGGCAAUGAGUCUCAUGACAUUCAGGAAUCAACUAUUACAUCAGAAGGCAAGAAUAAUGAAACGAAUAAUUCAGAGGGAAAUGAAACCAGGAAAAACAUCGUUAUCAAAGAGGAGCUGAUACCGAUUCCUCCUCACUUGUUGGAGCCCCCAACCCCAACCCCAGUGCUCACCAAAAGGCGACGAACAGUGCUGUCCAUUGCUGAUAAAGCGGACUUAAUACGGCGAAUGCACGAGGGAGAGUCUCAGAAGCAGUUGGCACUUGAAUAUGGCAUCGGCACUUCAACCGUAUCCGAUCUUAAGAAACAUGAAGUUGAAAUUCUUAGACAUGUAGAGGCCAAUGGCGAACUCGUCGCCAGGAAUAGGAGGAAGCUCGAGUCCGGAGCCAAAGCUGAUGUCGAGGAAGCCAUUUUGGAUUGGUUGCUGAAGGAGGUCAGUAGAGGAAGAGAGGUAUCUGGAUCCGAGGUAAUGGCGCGCGCCCGCCAAGAACAUCUCCGACUGCGAGGCACCACAGAAUUCCGUGCAAGCACCGGAUGGCUGGAAAGGUUCAAACGGCGUUACAACAUCCGGGCCUUCAAGCCGGGUCAGGAGAGCAGUUGGCAACGCACAGUCCCAAGAUCAAUUUUUGGAGAGAAAGGCACAAGAGGUAGACGACGAGGCCGUCCUUCCCAUAUCUUGUCCACCAAAGUUCGUGCCCGUAAUGUAUUGGAACAAGUAUUUGAAGGCUCCUCAUCUUUGCUAAAAUCUGAAGUCGAGAGUGCAGAAGAAGGCGAGUAUUUGGAGUAUAAGGGCGACGAAGAAUUGUUCACUGACAACGAAACCUCCACCUUCCAGCCUGUUGUCCGCCUCGAGGAAGGGCACUUUGCUUUUAAUAUUCCUCCGGUAGAGGAAAUCCCUUCCGCCAGUGAGGCGGCGAGCCUUCUCUCCAAGGCACUAGUGUGGGCAGCAGCACAGCAAGAUACUACACCUCAAGAACUGUUUGUCAUGAAGGAAUUACAGACUAAAGCAGCAAUGCGAAGUAUUGGGAAGAGUCCUCAUUGAUUCUAGGAGAAAAUACCAAUACUUAAUCAUGUUCCCAGACGGUGCCCAAAGAAUGUUGCCUUAGUUAGUUGUAAAUUCACGUAUAUCUUAAGGGAUCCAUUCGUCAGUAUUGUAUUUAAGAACUUUAUUCAGUAAAAUGAAAUGGUUAUAUAUAUAAAGAUGUCAGGAAAAUGGAUCAUAUGUAAAAAAUGUUCAGGUUUAUAAAUUAUUAGCAUACUGAUUAAUGUUUUAUUGGUUAAAAUAUAUGAACACUUUGUA